AGCUGGUGAUUUUUAGUCAUUUGUUAUGGGUACUUCAUCGAUGUCAAUUUCCGUUCUCAUAAUGCCGAUUAUCGUAGCCUUGAGUAGGCGUAAGAGCACCCGGUUGCUGGCCAUACUGGGAGGCCUGAUAGGAGCCCUCGGCUGUCUAUUCACCUCUUUUGCGUCCCAAUUCCAUCAACUUUACUUCAGUUAUGGUGUUAUCCUUGGAAUCGGAGUGAGCUUAAGCAGGGGAACCUCAUCCAUCAUGGUCGGCCAGUACUUCAAAAAGAAGCGGGAACUGGUGGAAAUAUUUGUUAUAUCCAGCACAGGAAUAGGGAUGGCAGUGGUGCCGUUACUGGUUGCCCAUGCUGUGAGCAAUCUGGGCUGGCGAUUGGGUCUUCAAGCCAUAACUGGAAUGAUGUCACUAACUUUCAUCUUGGGAAUCUUCUACAGACCAGCGUCUUUGUACCAUCCCCAGCGGAGGGCUAUUCUUCAUCUGAAAGGGCUCCAGAAGCGUUCCAAGGCCAAAGAUAAAAAUGCCCAGAAAGAGAAGCCUCCCUUUUUUGAUUUCGCAGUUCUCAAAUCAAGAACGGUCCAGAUUUUAAUAUCCGGAAGUGCACUCUCAGCUUUCGGAAUCAAUGCUCCUGUCAUGCUCCUGAUGCACCUUGGAAAAGAAGAAGGCCUCGAGAGCAGUGCCUUGCUCCUUCUCCAGGCUUACCUAGGCAUGGCAUCUUGCCUAGGCAGCACAGCACUGGGUUUCAUUGUUGUCAAGAACAGCAUGCAGUGCCUAAUUGCAAAGCAAUACCUCACGCAAGCGUCAAUAUUCAUUAUGGGUGGUGCCAUCUUGGCCUUCAUAUCCUUGAAAGAAUACAGUGGCUAUGUCCUCUUCAUGUGGGUGUAUGGGUUUUUCUAUGGAGGGUAUCAUUAUUCUCUGAAGAUCUUCACAUUCGAAAAAGUCAGAGCAAGGAACUUUUCCAGGGCAUGGGGAUUCAUACAGUGUAGCCAAGCAAUACCGAUGCUGAUAGGCUUACCACUGACAGGAUAUCUAAAUUCAGUGCAAGGUGAACGAACGGGAUUUUAUUUCGCUUCUGCGUGCUUGUUCACAGGUGGACUGGUGCUUUUUCUGAUAGACGUUCACAAACGAAAUGUCAAGCGCCAAAAAAGCAACACCAUGAACUCCAGUUACGACCCAACAGACGGUGAGCACAUGGAGAAUAACAGAGCUUACUACAGCAGACGAGUUUCACUACAAGAUCUCGCCAACGCCAGAAUGCUCGCCAAGCAAAAACUUGUCAAUGAAAUCAUUCACAAACAGGAACUCACGUGCAUCUCGGAAGAGGUGAUAAUGGAUAAUUUCUUGGAUGAUUACGUGGACGAUUGUAUCACCUCAUGCAAUAAGGAAGAAAAAUACCUCAUGCUAAGUGAGUUCGAGAAUAAUCUGAUCAACACCCAAGAAUCCUCUAGCGUUAGCCAAGAGGUUCGGAAACUCGCUAAAGAAAGGAAAUUCUCAACCGUCACUCCACCUUUAGUUGAACAUUGUCCAAAUUGCUUACGCGUUGUACCGAUAGAGGGCAGCACUCCCUGUGAAUCAGUGCCAAAGAAAACGCAUGUUUCGCGUUCGUCAGCUAAAAAACAAACGGCUUCGAAGAAAAAGGAGGACAAAACAACAAUAAGUACCGAUAUAAUUGAUGAAGUAACAUCCUCUUUAUGAAACUGAUCACUUUAAUUGUUUUGUGAACAAAUAUGUGGUAUUUAAUUUAUUUAUUGUGAAUUUGUAUAUGUUUCUAAUAAAUGAUUCUAGAUGGCAGCACCAUAUCUGGUGAUGCAAACAUUUCAGAAACUUAAAAUUUGAAAGUUAACAAUAACUUCACGUGUUCGUUUUGAACACAGUACGGUUCACAGUUAUUUCCAUGUGGCGUUCGAAUUAUUAAUGAAACAGUAUAAAAACUCUAAUUAAUAAAUCUGUGAUGUAUCAAAAGUGGUUUAAUGUUCAUUUAUUCUAAUUCGUACUCCAAGACUUGAAUUUAAAAAUCUCCCCGAUUUAAACAAAGGGCAAACAAUUUCCAUAUUUUGUGCAUUAAUAAAAGUGUUCUUGUUCUGGUA